GCGAGUGACACAUUUUCAUAUAAACACAUUUUAUACAGCUAUAUUUCGGAAUUAAAUGUGAAGUAGGCUAUACGAUAUAAGGGUUUAUUUACAAAACACAAUUUUAAUAGUCCGUAUUUCGCACAUUCUGAAGUUCGUCUACGUUACACACAUUGCAUUUAUAACUUUCUAAUAGUAUGUUAAAGCUCUGUUCUCUUAGUCGCUAUAGAUGUAACAUUACGGCACAGAAAAGAGGGAGGGUACCGCAGACGCGUGAAAGUGUGCGCAUGGUAACACUCGGAUUCUGCACGAGCGAAUGCGUGGUCCUGACGCAACAAGUAUCUGGUUUCCAGUCUCUCCUUUUGGAUGACUACUCGCUGUCUGGAGAAGAAGAGGUUUUAACAUUAAGAAAAGACGUACCCAGCAUUUCUUUUCCGAAUUUGAGCACUUUUAUAUUACUUUUAGUACAACUACGUUGAUUUUUAUCCGAUUUCAUAAUAGUUGAAAUACUUUUUUUACCGUUAUUUCUUUUCUUGAUGCAUUAAAGGUGGACGAGGAUCGAAGUGUAUUUGAAUAGUCUUUGAAGAAUUUUUCACCACAUCUUCGUUGAAAUUGUACGUGUUUUACGCAUAUGGAUACUUUUAGGGAGCGCAGACGGUAGAUUAUGAAUUCCGCAGGAUGGGUGCGAACAAUGGGAAACAGAGCGGGAGUGAAGGGAAAGGCAGUUCCAGUAUUUCCUCCGACCUGAGUUCAAGUACGGAUCAGACAUCGACCAGAGCUCCGAAGAAUGCAGCUACCAGUGAAGACUCGGACCUUAGCAUGCGCACAGUGAGUACGCCAAGUCCAGCUUUGAUUCUGCCACCUGGUUCUUCUUCUGCCAUUCUCAAUGGAUCCUCCACAUCCUCUUCUGCGUUCAGCACAGAAACCAUUGCCAUGGUGCACACCCCCCCCACUUCCAUCACCCACCCUCAAAGGGGCCUGCAGCAACCUAAAGACCAGCAGGAGGCGCCCAUCGACAUACUUCCCGAUCACGCUUUUCUCCAGAUCUUCACCCACCUGCCCACCAACCAACUUUGUCGGUGCGCUCGCGUGUGUCGCCGCUGGUACAACUUGGCAUGGGACCCUCGCCUGUGGAGGACUGUCCGUCUGACGGGAGACGUGCUGCACGUGGACCGUGCACUUCGGGUUCUCACUCGCAGACUCUGUCAGGAUACACCCAAUGUAUGUCUCACUUUGGAGACGGUUGUGGUGAGUGGCUGUCGGAGGUUGACUGACCGAGGACUGUACACGGUGGCUCAGUGCUGCCCAGAACUCCGUCGUUUGGAGGUUGCCGGGUGCUAUAAUGUGUCGAAUGAGGCAGUGUUUGAAGUGGUCUCUCGCUGUCCCAAUCUGGAACACCUGGAUGUUUCAGGGUGCUCCAAGGUAACCUGCAUAAGUCUAACUCGGGACGUGUCCGUGAAACUCUCCCCUCUUCAUGGCCAGCAAAUCUCCAUCCGCUAUCUCGACAUGACAGACUGUUUCGCUUUAGAAGACGAAGGGUUGCAUACCAUUGCAGCCCACUGUACUCAGCUUACUCACCUCUACCUGAGGCGCUGUGUGCGCCUGACUGACGAGGGUCUGCGUUUUCUGGUCAUCUACUGCCCGUUUGUGCGCGAGCUCAGCGUCAGCGACUGCCGCUUCAUCAGUGACUUUGGCCUGCGAGAGAUCGCUAAGCUGGAGGGCCGACUUCGCUACCUUAGCAUAGCACACUGCACUCGCAUCACAGACGUGGGUGUGCGCUACGUGGCUAAAUACUGCAUCAGACUGCGUUACCUGAACGCUCGUGGCUGCGAGGGACUGACAGACCACGGCAUCGAGCACCUUGCCAAGAACUGCCUUAAGCUCAAGUCAUUGGACAUCGGGAAGUGCCCGCUUGUGUCGGACGCAGGCCUAGAGCAGCUUGCACUGAACUCUUUCAACCUGAAAAGAUUGAGUCUGAAGUCAUGCGAAAGCAUCACGGGCCGCGGGCUGCAAGUAGUAGCGGCGAAUUGCUUUGACCUUCAGCUGCUGAACGUUCAGGACUGCGAUGUACCACUGGAGGCGCUGCGCUUCGUCAAACGCUAUUGCAAACGCUGCGUGAUUGAACACACCAAUCCAGCAUUUUUUUGAGAAUGGUUUUGUAAACAGAUUUGAGAACAUUCAACUUUUUGACUUGAGGCAAUGAUUUCUUUGCUAAACAAACUGAGCGGAGAUUUCCACUGCUGCACCUUUGUAUUUAAUUUGCAUGGUUGGGAGAAAUCUUAACAAAGACUUUUUAACCGUUUAUUUAUAAUUGUAUUCACUCUUUUUAUUACUUUUUUGCCUACGUCAGAUUGUAUUACACUUAACAUGUAACGUUAUAGAAAUGUGUAUUUUCAAAGAAAAGUGUACGCAUUUAAUUAUUAUGAAUGCAGACAGAAUAACAUGAUGUGACGUUAACCCAGAUUUGAAACUAUACACAUCACUUGCAGAAAAAUGAUUUGUUGUUUUAACUUAAAAAAAUUAAGCUCGCUGGCUCGCUUUUUUUUUAGUUAAUUCAACUUUAAAAUAUUAGUUAACAAAACACUUUUGCAUCAAAUUCACAUAAUAGCUAAUCAUUUUUACGUUGAAUUAACUAGACAUUUUAAGGCGGCCGGGUAACUUGUUGAAACAACAAAUACAUUUUUACAGUGUGGCCAUAGUUUCAAAAACAAUUCAGCUUUUUGUAAUGUUUACAUUUGAUGUCUGUCAUGAAUGUUUAGCUUUGUUUAAUCCUUUGUAAGCCUGAUAACUUGGUUUUAUUUCAGAGGAAUAUUACCAAACCAAUGCCAUUGUCAUUACGACGUUUACCUUGUUAAUACUGGUCAAUACUUUUUCCCUGCUGAAAAGACAGGCGUACGUUUUUUGGUCGUUGAUGAAUUUCUGUCCCACCAUCACCACUUGUCAACCAGCUUCAUCGCCAAGUUUUGGUGGUUCAACAGCAUUAACCAGCCUAAACCAGAUGGUCUUUUCAGCAGGGUUUAAGACCACAGUGGAAUAAAGAGGUCUAAGCCAUAUUAAAAAAACUCAUAUGUUAA